GGGGCACAUUGCUGACACCAGGCAACGAUGGACCUGACUUCAAUUCUCUCACUGGAAACCUGGGUGCUCCUGGUAAUCAGCCUGGUGCUCCUAUACCGAUACGGGACCCGUAACCAUGAUGUUUUUAAGAAACAGGGAAUUCCUGGACCCAAACCUCUGCCAUUUUUAGGAACUCUGAUGAAUUACUAUGAGGGUAUAUGGAAAUUUGAUGCUAUGUGCUAUAAAAAAUAUGGAAAAAUGUGGGGGUUACAUGAUGGUCAAACACCUGUGUUAGCUAUCACGGACAUAGAGAUGAUCAAAAAUGUACUAGUGAAGGACUGCUAUUCUGUGUUCACAAACCGACGGAGUUUUGGCCCAGGGGGCAUAAUGAGUAAAGCCGUCUCAUCAGCUAAGGAUGAGGAGUGGAAGAGAAUUCGAGCCUUGCUGUCUCCCACCUUCACCAGUGGAAAACUCAAAGAGAUGUUCCCCAUUGUUGAACACUAUGGAGAUAUUUUGGUAAAAUACUUGAGAAGAGAGGCAGAGAAAGGCAAGCCUCUUAUCUUGAAAGAAGUGUUAGGGGCCUACAGCUUGGAUGUCAUUACGAGCACGGCAUUUGGUGUGAACGUCGAUUCCCUCAACAACCCAAAUGAUCCUUUUAUGGAAAAGACCAAGAAGCUAUUAAAAUUAGAUUUUUUUGAUCCAUUAUUUAUGUCAAUAGUACUCUUUCCAUUUCUUACACCAAUAUAUGAGAUGCUAAAUGUCUCCAGAUACCCAAAGGAUUCGAUAGCAUUCUUCAAAAAAUUUGUGGAUAGAAUGAAGGAAAACCGGCUGAACUCUGAUGAGAAGCACCGAGUGGAUUUUCUUCAGCUGAUGAUGAACACUCAAAAUAAUUCCAAAGACAAAGAGUCUCAUAAAGUUCUGUCUGACGCAGAAAUCAUGGCCCAGUCAAUUAUUUUUAUUUUUGGUGGCUAUGAAACCACCAGCAGCACCCUUGCCUUUGCCCUGUAUUUACUGGCUACUCACCCUGAUAUCCAGAAGAAACUGCGGGAGGAGAUUGAUGUGGCUCUGCCCAAUAAGGCACCUCCCAGCUAUGAUACAGUGAUGGAGAUGGAAUACCUAGACAUGGUGUUGAGUGAAACACUCAGAUUAUACUCAAUUUCUGACAGACUUCAGAGAGUCUGUAAAGAAGAUGUGGAAAUGAAUGGUGUGUUUAUUCCCAAGGGGACAGUAGUGAUAAUACCAAUUUUUUCUCUUCACCGUGACCCACAAUACUGGCCAGAGCCUGAAGAAUUUCGCCCUGAAAGGUUCAGCAAGGAGAACAAGGGCAGGAUCAAUCCUUAUGUAUACAUGCCCUUUGGGUAUGGACCCAGGAAUUGCAUUGGUAUGAGGUUUGCUCUCAUGAACAUGAAACUUGCUCUCACUAAACUCCUGCAGAAUUUCUCAUUCCAACCUUGUAAGGAAACACAGAUUCCCUUGAAAUUACACAGAAAACCACUUCUUAAACCAGAAAAACCCAUUGUUCUAAAGGUUGUACCAUGGGAUGUGCUCAUAACUGGAGCGUGACUUUCCCUCAAGGAGUCUGCAGUGUUCCUCUUCAGGUGGUGUUUAAGAACACUGGAAUCUUUCAUUUACUUCAUGAAUAAAACCAACAUGAUGACGAGGAUUAAUCAACUGGACUUGGUGAAUGGUUAAGGGUUCAGUAUGUCCACUGAACUUACUCAUUGUCAAAAUAGAGUA